GCUGAGGUGCAGGCAGGCAAUGCAGAAGGCGGUGCCCCUAGCGGGCUGUACGGAGCUUGGUUUUCGCUCGGCGGUUCCAUGUCGACCCUUCCUGCUCCACUCUGCACCACGCCGGCUGCGCCAGCAGAUGACAUACGUCAACGACAGCACCUACAGGCAACACACCUGGUAGCCGAGUCCUCCCAGGUUGAGCACGGGACGGUGCGGUCUCCUCCCAGGUCUCCCAGGCCGACAAAGCCAGCGGCUACGACGCUCUGCCUCCAGCAAGCCAUUUUACCGCCGGCUACCGCGGUCUCCUGGGAGAUUAAUCAGGACAUAGUGACAGAUGCCUUGAAAGGCCAUUGCCUGGCCGAUCUACAAAUUGAGCUGCCAGAGUCCGUUGCCCAAACGGCAUGGGGCAGAAUCUGGAACCGGCUACCCACCAUCCUCCCUUGCCAACCACUGCAGGCCCUGUAUCUGUUUACAGAUGGCUCCUACUACCCGGGGAAGCGGCAGGCUUCCUGGGCAGUUAUCGUGUUGGUCCUGCAAAACAACCAGGUCUACAAGGCAGGUAUCUUGGCAGGGCCAUGUGCUCUGCAGCCCGAUGCGGAUGCAGGACAUUUCCCGUCUGCAUAUGAUGGCGAGCUGGAGGCUCUCUUGCAUGCUUUGGCCAUAGGAGCCUCUGCUCCCGUCUGCGCAUGCCACUUCGGAUCUGACUGCCAGUCAGCUCUGACAGCAGCCUUUGGUUUUAGCGGUCACCAGCAGGGAGCUCUGCUCCCGGCGGCUGCAGUCGGCUUGACAGCCACUCUGGUCGCUCAGGGCAAACAGCUCUAUCCGCACAAGGUCGAGGCACACCAUGGUUGUGCCUUCAAUUCCUUGGCCGAUGAGGUUGCUAAGUUUGCUGGCAAAACAGGACAGUGUCUGCCGGCCACCGCAGAAUGGGACACUCUGCAUGCGGCGAUCAAUGAAAAGGUGCUCGAGAGGGCCUGGCUUACGGUGCCGAGCUCCAUCUUCGCGAACACGCUGCCCCCACUUCGCGAGGACGGCACAUGGUCCGCACCGAACACCUUGAUACGCAGCUCCGCUCCGAACGCACUUCCUCCGUACUUGCAACGGAUCAAGGAAGACGUACAGGCCAUCCCCCUGCGGCUACGUCUUCUCACAUACAAUGCCCUCUCUGUCCGCGGGGCUACUGCCAAGGCUUUGAUCUGCUCGGGCCUGCUCCGACAUCAGAUAGACCUGGCAGGUCUGCAGGAGACAAGGGACCGGGCACAGGGCGUUUCCAGCUGUGAGGACUAUUGGGUUUUAGCUUCGCCGUGCGAUAAGGGUGGACAUUUCGGGGUGCAAAUUUGGCUGCGUAAAGCGGCAGGCUGGGACCGCACCAGCUUUGCGAUCACGCACUCCGACCCACGGGUCCUUGUUGCUGUCUGCUCUUUGCGGGGGGUGAGAUUAGUCUUGAUCUGUGCACACGCGCCCACCUCGGCCACCAGCGAAGAAGAACUCACAAGAUGGUGGGCUCAUCUCAAAAGUUUGCUCGCCAAGAUUCCCAAAGUUUGCGCACCACUUCUGUUCAUAGAUGCCAACGCCCGCUUUGAGGCGUCAUCAUCCCACGGCCGAACUUUGGAGUCCGCGCCGAGCAACUUCAACGCCAAGUGUCUCCAACACUUUGCGAAUGAUAUCGGCCUGCACAUCAGUGCACAGCAAGAUGAACAGGGACGCCCGCUUCACUCCUGGCGCAGCCCCAAGGGCACCACCAGCCUAAUUGAUUAUGUUGGAUGCCCGGUCGCGUGGGCCGAUGGUCACCGGACUGUUGGCAAUGUUGACCUCGCCGACCUGCACGCAGACUGGGACCACUUGCCGAUCCACACUUGCUUGGCAGCCACUGUCGAGGCCGUGACUACACCAGCCCGCAGCCGAGUUGCCCCGAAGGACCUUCAGUCCGACGAGGGACGCAGCCGGGCCAUCCACGCAGUCGCGGCAGCCCCUCUUGUGCCGUGGACAGCCACCUGCACCUCUCAUGUCGAUGCUCUGCAAGGCUCCAUGGUUCAGGCUCUGAGCCACUCCAAGCCUGACUCCAGUCCUGGUCCGCGAAACCCUGUGAUCUCCCAGGCCACCCUUGGACUGGUUAGACUCCGCAGGCAUAUGCGACGCUGCCUCCGUCCCGUCGAUCGGAGGGCCGACAUGGGCUUUCUCCAUCUAUGCUUGCAGGCAUGGCGGCAACGCACCCAGCCACAGGAGGAGCUCUAUCGACAGGCUAAGUCGGCACGUCUCGCCAUGGCACGUAGCUAUCAUGGGCUUGCCGUCCUCAACAAGCAGCUGAGGCAAGCCAUGAUGGACGACCGGGCGCAGUUCGCCAGGCUGCAGAUGGAACAGGCUCGCCACGCCGGCCCAGCUGAGUUUGCACACCGCUUGCGGGCGAUCCUGCGCACAGGGCGCAAAUUCCGGCCUCCGCCUCUGCUACCGGCGCUCUCCAAAGAACCCACUGUAAGGGCGGAUUGGUUAUAA